AUGGCUGUCCGAUCCGCCUUUGACCCCAAGGACAUGGUGUUCCGCCACCUUGGUCCUACCGGUCUGAAAGUAUCUGUUUUCUCUCUAGGUGGCUGGCUCACCUACGGUGGCACUCAAAAAGGCAACAUCGUCAAGGAUUGCCUACAGACCGCCUGGGACCAUGGCGUCAACUUCUUCGACACCGCCGAGACCUACGCCAGCGGCGAAUCCGAGAUUGAGAUGGGUAACGCCCUCAAAGAACUCGACUGGCCUCGUGACGAGUACGUCCUGUCCACCAAGGUCUUCUUCGGCACCGGGCGUAAGGAGCCCAACACCCGCGGUCUGUCCCGUAAACACGUCGUCGAAGGUCUCAAGAGCUCCCUCGCCCGUCUGCAACAACCAUAUGUCGACAUCGUCCUGGCCCACCGACCGGACUAUGCCACCCCCAUGCGCGAGAUCGUCGAGGGUUUCACCCAAGUCAUCCGCAACCUCAACCUGGCCUACUACUGGGGUACUUCCGAGUGGUCAGCCACACAAAUCACCGAGGCGACCCUCAUUGCCGAGAAGUACAACCUGAUCGCCCCCAUUGCCGAGCAGCCACAGUACAACGCCUUCCACCGUGAGCGCUUCGAGGUCGAAUACGCCCCAUUGUACCAGGAGUACAAGUACGGCACAACCAUCUGGUCGCCUCUUGCUUCAGGUCUGUUGACCGGUAAAUACAACGACGGCAUCCCCGAGGGUUCCCGUCUGCACAACCACAAGGACUUCUUCGGCAGCAUGAUCGAGUCCCUCCAGAAGCCCGAGGGUCAGGCCAAGAUCGAGAAGGUCCGCAAACUCACCAAGAUCGCUGAGCGUCUGGGCGGAAACACCUCGCAGCUCGCGCUUGCGUGGGCCGCGAAGAACCCUAACGUCAGCACUGUCAUCCUCGGCGCCACCAAGGUCGAGCAGAUCGUUGACAACCUCGGAGCUCUGAAGUUGUUGGAGAAGUUGGACGACAAGACCAUGGGAGAGAUCGAGGAGAUUUUGGACAACAAGCCUGCUAAGCCGGCCAGCUUUGGAAGAGAGAGGUAG